AUGUACGCCUCCCAGAUGACCAUGUUCUCGAGAAAUAUACAGCCCGUCGGUACCCUGGGCAGUGCCGACGCGGGGCCACCCCUCCCAUUCGCUCAGCACCAUCAUGAUGUUGAGAAUCCCUUCUCGCCUGUUCUCGCUAUCGCGAGGGUCGGCGGCGAGGGCGGACCGGUGUACGUCUACUCGGAGGAGCAGGGAUCUGGGUCUGGAGCUACGUGGGCGGGCGGUGAGAGCCAGAGAGCCUCUCCGACCCCCUACCUGUUCGACUCAUCUCUCCCGGCCCUCUCCCGGUCUUUCUCCCCCGGCUCAGAUACUUCAGUCACGGCUACCGGCUCUAUCGCUAUCGGCAAUAAUCACCUCCGCAGUGCGCUCCUCACCCCCUCCUCGUCCAUUUCGGGCGACACCUACAUUGCGCAGUCUUCCUCUACCACUUCCUCGUCCACCCUGUACGGCUCUAUGCCCAGUUGGUCGAAUGGCUCUACCAUUCCCAAACCCUCUUUUACGACCACACCUGUAUCAAUAACACCUCGGAACCAGCCGGCGGCGCUCACCAUCCUCCUCUCCUCCCUCUUCCCGCACAACCACCAAGCGAUUCUCGCAGCUUGCCACGCGCUCGAGAUCGUCACGCCUCCCUCGCACACUCUACAUGGGUUCCUCAUCGACACCUCAUCCGCUCGCACAGCCUUCAUUCACCUCCCUCCCCCGCACUCGUCUUCGUCUCGCCCAGAACACCUCUCGGCCAACUUCUCCGAGGUGCUCCGUCCACACGAUCCACAAAGGCUGCCCAGACCUUCCGCUCUGUCGUCACUGGCGGAUGGUCUGGACAUCCGGGAAAGUCUGACAGCUCUGCUGGACCUGGCCGCGGACAGCCUGGAGGCGAGCAGGAUGGUGCUGAUCUUGGACAAGAGGGAGCGCGGGGAGGAGGGCGUUCGGGAACUGGUCCACAGCCUGAUGUACGCUGGAGGACAGGUCAUCAGGCCGGGUGGGAUAGAGGAGGGCUGGGUCUGGGAUCCGGCGAGGUGGGCUAUGGUGGGGAUGGAAGUCUAG